UUUAAAAUGUGAUCUGUAUGGAUUUUUUAUGAAACUACAGGACCCUGAAGAGGACGUCACGAGCUCAGUUGAUGCUUAUGUAGUAGUGUACUCUGUGACUGAUAGAGAGACAUUUGAAGUAGCCGUGGAUAUUCUGUUUGCACUCCGAGAACGAGGCUACACAGGAACGAGAGCAGUGAUCCUUGUAGGCAACAAAUCGGAUCUCGUACGUUCGAAGACAAUACCCACAGAUGAGGGCAAGUCUGUAGCCAUAUCCUACGAGUGUAAAUUCAUGGAGACUUCAGCAGCAAUCAGUCACAUGACAGAUGAGUUGUUAGUGGGUAUUGUCAGACAGAUCCGUCUUAAAAUCCAGCAACUGAAAGACUUGAACCACUUUUCUCCACCCAGCAGAAGGCGAAAAUCUCGAAGUAAAGGAUCCCUGUAUGGUACCAGGCGGCGAGCGAAAGAUCUGCUGAACAAGCUGUUAGGAAAAAGAAAUUGCAGAUCGAAGUCAUGUGAUAACCUCCAUGUCUGAUAGUUGUGUUCUAAUUGGUUUAUUUCUACUUCGAACAUUUAUUAGUGUGGUGUUAGCUGUUAUAAUAAUUAAGUUGUUCGAUAAGAAUUUUCAAACAAAUGACUUUACAUUUAACGAUAUAUGUAAACUGAAAAUAUAAAAAAUAAUGAUAAAGAUAUCAACUUAAUAGUGCGAUCAGAAAAUUUCAAAUCAAAUAACUUUAACAUUAUACUUAAAAUGCAAAUAUAAAGAUAAUGACACGCAAAUCACAUGAAAAUACAAUGGUGAAUUAUAUAGAACUGAGAAAAUAAGUAUUUAUUAUUACAAUAUUCUUAGUUGUACGUUAUCAAGUUAGUUACUCAAUGGGCAUAGUAUUGUGUUUGUGAUGUAAAUUCACUUUGGAUGUGGUUCACAAUAACACAAACAGAACUACGACUUAAUCCUCAAUCAAUUAGUCAUGAGUACAACAGUAUUCUAAUGUUACUGUUUUAUACAUCGUGUGUACAAGUAUUCUAGAAAAUUCAUCACAACAACUGCCUUUAGUACAAUAAUUCUUGUAUAAUAUUCUUUGAUACAAUAAACCUCUACACAACAUUCUUUGAUACAAUAAACCUCUACAUAACAUUCUUUGAUACAAUAAACAUCUACACAACAUUCUUUGAUACAAUAAACCUCUACAUAACAUUCUUUGAUACAAUAAACCUCUACACAACAUUCUUUGAUACAAUAAACCUCUACACAACAUUCUUUGAUACAAUAAACUGCUACACAACAUUCUUUGAUACAAUAAACUGCUACACAACAUUCUUUGAUACAAUAAACUUCUACACAUCAUUCUUUGAUACAAUAAACGUCCUCUACACAACACUAUUUGAUACAAUAAACUGCUACACAACAUUCUUUGAUACAAUAAACGUCCUCUACACAACAUUCUUUGAUACAAUAAACGUCCUCUACACAACAUUCUUUGAUACAAUAAACGUCACCUACACAACAUUCUUUGAUACAAUAAACGUCCUCUACACAACAUUCUUUGAUACAAUAAACGUCAUCUACACAACAUUCUUGAGAACAGAAGUCUUUAGUGCAACUGUCACUAAUACAACUAACACAAGAAUCUUCAAUACAACAGCCUUCUAUACAAAAAUUAUCAUUACAAAAGUCAUCAACAUAACAAUAUUGUACAGGUCUUCUAUAAAGCAAUCUUUUGUGCAGCAGUCUCACAGAGUCAAAAAUAUUCAGAACAACGGUCUUCAGUACAACAGUUAUGAUUAGAAUAUUCUUCUAUGUAUCACCUUAUAGUAGAAAUAUCUUCAGUGCAUGAAUCCUCACUACAUCAGACACCAAUAUAAAAAAACCCUCAAAAUGACAGUCUUCUAUAAAAGAAUUUUUAUUACAACAUCUUCUCUGCAAAAGUAUUCAAUGAAAAACAACAUUUUCGGAACAGUAACCUUCAUACAAGAUUAUACUCUGCAACAAAAUUCAGUGCAACAAGUUUUAACACAAUCUUCAGUACAACAAUCUUUAGUAAAAGUCUUUGAUACUUCUCUUCCACAGCCAUCAGUAAGACAGUUGUCAAUAUUUCAAUUUUCAGUACAACAAUC